AUGGGAGCUCUUUUGGCACAAUACCAAGAGGGUACAAGGAAGGAAAUAACUAUCUACUACCUCAGUAAAAAGUUCCUUGAGUAUGAAACUAGAUACACUCCUUUAGAAAGAGCUUGCAUUGCCCUUAUUUACGCGACAAAGAAGCUUCGACAUUAUUUGCAAGCACAUACUACUUAUCUGGUUUCGAGGUUAGAUCCAAUCAAGUACAUUUUUGAGAAGCCAAUCUUGAGUGAAAGAAUAGCAAGGUGGCAUGCGAUAUUGUCAGAAUUUGACAUUCAGUGCGUGAAUCAAAAGUCUGUCAAAGGGAGGGCUAUAUCUGAAGCUUUGGCUGAUGGACCUAUAUCGGGUGAUGAAUUUGAUGAUGAUUUUCCAGAUGAACAUAUUUUCUGUCUUAGUAUGUCACAAUGGAAGAUGAAUUUCGACGGAGCCUCAAAUAGAAGGGGAAAUGGUGUAGGGGUGUUAUUGAUCGAUCCUUAUGGAGUACAUAUUCCUUUCGCUGUGAAGCUUAGUUUCCCAACGACGAAUAACACGGCUGAAUAUGAAGCCUGCAUCAAUGGAAUCAAAGCGACAUUAGCAGCUGGUGCAAAAAAUCUCACAGUAUACGGUGAUUCUUAUCUCAUAAUUUCCCAGACUAUUGGAGCUUGGAAAGUUCGGGACGAAAGGUUGCAAAUGUACACGGAGUAUCUUCAACAAUUUAUCCCAUUCUUUAAAGAAAUAGAGUUCAAACAUCUCCCUCGAGAACAAAACAGUUUCACCGAUGCUUUGGCAAAUCUGGCGGUAAAUUUAACUUGGGACGAUGAUGUGAAGGUACAAUCGGUAACAAUUGUAGAAAAAGAAAUUCUAGUGGUUAAUUUUAAACCAACAAUUGCUUUAUUAACCCAAGAAGAUGAUGAGGAUGCUUGGUAUACUGACGUUAAGAAGUAUUUAAUCAAUGGAGAAUAUCCUGAAGGAAGUCACAAGAAGGAUCAAUUGGUUAUUCGAAGGCUAGCUUCUCAUUUCACAAUAUUGAAAGGUUUGUUGUAUCAUAAGAGUUUCGAUGGAAAUUUGCAAUUAUGCAUCGAUGGGGAGCAGACACGAAGGAUCAUGGAAGAGGUACAUGGGGGAGAAUGUGGGCCUCACAUGAAUGGAUGA